UAGUGGAACGUGGGAGUGGGAGGCUCUGUGUUUCUCUUUCUUCAGUGAUGCUGAUAACAAACAGUGGAAAUGGUGAAUGGUUGGAAUUCAACUCCCAGUUUCCGUGGUUCCAGAAUUGAUGGAAAAAUGGUACGGGCGUCACACCAACGCGUGGAGCGGUUUACGGCCUGUUUGGUAGGAGGGAAAGGGAGCCGUGGUUCCAGCUGCCCUUUUUCCCUUUAGCCAGCUUCAUCAGCCGCCCCACCCAACUCACCUCCUGAAUCCAGAUUGUCGCUAUUUGUCUAUAUAUUUUUCCUUUUUUCGUUGGCAGUCGAUUCUUUCCAUGCUUACCCGUUGGUUUCCUGCUUCCUUGCUUCUCUUCUCGCCGAAAGUAUCGGUAUCGUCAUCGAGUUUCAUCCAACGCUCAUCUCGCUGCCUGGCUUGUCCCGUCCGUAAAAGGCGCGGUAUCCAUUUCUCUAGAGUUCUUGCCAUGGCGGAAGGCAGCCAGAAGCAUAAACACGUCAACAGACUCGCUUCGGAGCACAGCCCUUAUCUGCUUCAGCAUGCCCACAAUCCGGUUGAUUGGUUUCCGUGGGGGCAAGAAGCUUUUGACAGAGCUCGGGAAAGAAACAUACCCAUCUUCUUGUCGAUUGGGUAUAGCACGUGUCAUUGGUGCCAUGUGAUGGAAGUAGAGUCAUUUGAAAACGAAGAGGUGGCAGAGAUGCUGAAUCAAUGGUUCAUUAGCAUCAAGGUGGAUCGAGAAGAACGCCCAGAUGUUGAUAAGGUAUACAUGACUUAUGUGCAAGCAGUUUAUGGAAGUGGUGGUUGGCCUUUGAGUGUCUUCCUUUCUCCUGACCUGAAGCCAUUGAUGGGUGGAACAUAUUUUCCUCCUGAUGACAAAUAUGGGCGACCAGGUUUCAAAACUGUGCUCAGGAGAGUGAAGGAAGCUUGGGAAACUAAGCAGGACAUGCUUAAGAAGAGUGCAGAUUUUGCAAUUCAAGAACUUUCAGAAGCUCUAUCUGCUGCAGCUAUUAAUAAAGUGUUUCAGGAGGAUCUUUCUUACCAUUGCAUUGACAGAUGUGCUAGUAAGCUUAAGCAGAGCUAUGACUCUGACUUUGGAGGAUUUGGAGCUGCCCCAAAAUUUCCAAGGCCUGUGGAAAUAAAUGUUAUGCUUUAUUAUGCAAAAUUGCUGGAAGAAAGUCUAAAGAAGACUGAAGCUAAAAAUAUCUUAAACAUGACUGUUUUUAGCUUAAAAUGCAUGGCUAAGGGUGGUAUUCAUGAUCAUGUUGGAGGUGGUUUUCAUAGAUAUAGUGUGGAUGAACGUUGGCACGUUCCACACUUUGAGAAGAUGUUGUACGAUCAAGGGCAACUUGCAAACGUUUAUUUGGACGCAUUCAGCAUUACCAAUGAUCCUUUCUAUGCAUCCAUGGCAAGGGAUGUCCUUGACUAUCUAAGGAGAGACAUGAUUGGGGAGGAAGGUGGAAUAUACUCAGCUGAGGAUGCAGAUAGUGCAGAAUUUGAAGGAGCUGGUAGGAAAAAAGAAGGCGCCUUCUACAUAUGGACCAGCAAAGAGGUGGAGGAGUUGGUAGGAGCAGAUUCUAUGAAACCUUUCAAGGAUCAUUACUAUAUUAAGCCCACUGGAAAUUGUGAUCUUUCAAAACUGAGUGAUCCUCAUCAUGAAUUCACGGGGAAGAAUGUAUUGAUAGAAAAAGAAGAUGCUUCCAAGAUGGCACCAAAGUUCGGCAUGGCUGUAGAGGAGUACUUGAAUAUUCUUGGGUCAUCCCGUCAGAAGCUCUUUAAUGCAAGAUUGAGGCGACCACGUCCGCAUUUGGAUGAUAAGGUAAUUGUUGCAUGGAAUGGUCUUGCAAUAUCUUCAUUUGCUAGAGCUUCCAAGAUUCUCAAAUCUGAAAUUGAGGGGACAAAGUUCUACUUUCCUGUAACAGGGUGUGAUCCAGAGGAGUACAUGGAUGUUGCUGAGAAAGCAGUUUUAUUUGUGAGACACAAGCUUUAUGAUGGGAACACACACAGGCUACACCACAGCUUCCGGAAAGGUCCAUCAAGAGCACCUGGCUUUCUGGAUGAUUAUGCUUUUCUGAUUUCAGGCCUGUUAGACAUGUACGAAUACGGUGGAAGAACACGCUGGUUGGCAUGGGCCAUUGAACUGCAGGCUACACAGGACAAUCUAUUUCUGGAUAAAGCUGGUGGAGGCUAUUUUAAUACUCCAGGGGAAGACCCAUCCGUCCUCCUCCGUGUUAAAGAAGACCACGAUGGUGCGGAGCCAUCUGGAAACUCGGUUGCAGCAAUCAACCUUGUCAGGUUGUUUUCCCUGGUAUCCGGCGAUUUGUCCAACUACUACAGAGAAACUGCAAAACACCUUUUGGCAGUCUUCGAGUCUAGGCUAAAAGAACAGUCCGUAGCUGUUCCAUUGAUGUGCUGUGCAGCACACAUGCUCUGUCUACCUUCGAGGAAACAGGUUGUUAUUGUUGGACGCAAAUCAGCAAGAGAGUUCCAGGCUAUGGUAGCUGAAGUUCAUGCGUCGUACGAUCCCAACAAAACAGUGAUUCAGAUUGACCCCAGCAACACGGAGGAGAUGUCAUUUUGGGAAGAGAAGAACCCAAACGUCGCCAUGAUUGCAAAGGGUAGCCCGGGAGACAAGGCUGCAGCUGCUUAUGUUUGCAUGAAUUUCACAUGCAGUGCUCCUGUAACUGCGCCGGAGGCACUUGGGGACUUGCUUCGAGGAGGCAAGAGCGCUGCUACCGGCUCUGUCAUCUGAAGAACCUCGUAACAUGUUUAAAGUUAUGCGAGCUGUACAUGUACACAGAGGUCAGGUUUUGUGUUUUAAAGAGUGUUGAUCCUCUUGGUCCCGACCACUUUGGCCUAUAAUUUUCAGGAUGGCUGAUGGUUCGAGAGGACGUUUACCUUUGUAAAGUUUAUUUUGCUCUCUCUGCGUCCGUGGCGUUUUUUUCUUACAAGCCGGUCCGUUGCUGGAUUUGGUGACUAAUAAUAAAUAAAUCAAAGCCACUAACUUUUGAACUACA